AUGGAGACCGGCGAGACCGGCCCACCCCCACCAUCGGCGUCCGCGGCGACGAGCGUCCCGAUUGGGACAAAGGAGACGCAAGUCCCUAUCGCCGCCGCGACCUACGCCACCGCCGCGAUUCCAAAGACCAAGCAGACCCCCGAGCAGCAGACCCAACAACAACACCGUGCCAAGGCUUUGACCCAAAUGUUCGAAGUCAUGGGUGCUGUACCGGGCAAUCGCACCGACCGGUGGUUGCAAGCCACCUUCGCCACCGACGAGUACCCUGUCGCUACCGCUACAUCGCUCAAGUAUUCGGCUCUCAACGCCAAUCGAUCCAUUCGAAACAUCUUCGACUUUGCUCUCGACGUCACUUUGACCAUCCAAGGCGCCUCGAAGGCCUCUCCCGCGGACAAGGCCGAUCUGCUCGGUUGCGUCACGAGACUGCUCUCCCCGCAAUCACCCCUGUGCUUCGACGCCGAGGUCACCCUUCCCGAGCACCUUGCGGCGUUUGCGCCCCAGAUUAGGGGUAUCCAACACUCGUCUUUCGUCAGGGCCGGUGUGGUCAACCACCGUAUCUCCGUGGGAUUCGUUUCGGCGAAGGCACGUGACUCGGCGCUUACGGCCCCACUGGCGCUUACUUGGCACUCUGCAAAGGCUCACUUCGCAAAGGCCCACCACUUCUACCACAACAUGGUCGAGCUGCGUAUCAACGUCGGUGUCGCAGUGGUCCCAUCCAGGGAUGCCAUUGUUGACUCUUUUAAAUCAAUUGUCACCAAAAUCACAGCCAAGGGACACCGUUGCGAGCUGGUACAAGUCUUGCGCGUGAUCCACGUCGAUAACGACUCGGCCUAUGCGCACUUGGCCGGCGAGUUUUCGGCCUUUAUCCGCUUCGACGACGACACCCUUUUCAAAGCCCCUAACAACACGCUGAAGGAGCUCCUACCGUCGAAGGUCUCUCUAGCCACUAGAGGCAACAUGCAUACGGCGGUUCGUCACGACUACGAACGAGAAGCGGCCUGUGCUCGGUGCCACUUUGUGGGGCAUGUGGAGACCUGCGCGCUGGAACAGGAGAGGAGGCAGAAGGAAGCGAACAACAACACCGGAAGGCACAACAAGUACCACAACAACAACAACAACGACACUUCCGAGGUUGUGGCCCCUAGCUGCGCCCUCGGAACCGACCAACUCGAAUCGCGGAACCGAUUUGCGGGGCUCGAGGUCGAAGGAGGACAGGAGGAUGACGUCGAGCAGGAGGAUGCAGGAAAGGAGGGCGAGGAAAAGGAGCAGGUCGAAGAAGGAGACAAGGAUACGGGCGCCAAGGCGGACGACGAGGAUUCGGACUCGGAUGGGAACGCCGGAGCGGGCAUCGACAAGGCGGGAGGCGACAACAAGGACGAACAGAACGACAGCUCGGAGGGAAGCAAACAAAGAGAGGACGAAGGAAACGAUGGGGAUGACGUGAUGAAAGAUGGAGCAGAGGAGGAGGACGAAGGGACGGAGACGGAGGUGGAAGAAGAGGUCGAGCAGGAACAGGGGGUACAGGACGACAGCAUCAUGAUCAUCGACGACGACCAAACGACAAUCACCACGGUUUCCCGCAAGUCGACUCCUCGGAGUCCCUCGUGGCCUCCACUAUCUCCUGAGACGUUGGCAAAGUCGCUGCACGAGGGUGCGGAGUGGGACCGAGCUAACGCCGAAGCUGCUGCACGUGUCCAAGCAGAAAAGGAGGCGAUCAUCAACGCCCAACUCGACACGGAGGAACCGCUCGUUCGCCACCAAUUUGCAGAGUGGGGUCAGGAAGAUGGACAACUGCGAUUCAUCAACAUUCGUGGCACCGGCUCCGGGUCGAACAAGAAGAUGAAGAGGUCGCAAACGGUGGCCGAUCUCAGCGAUCCGAGCGACGACCCGGUUGAUAUCAAGCGCAUUCUGAACAGGGUCAAAGGUCGAGCAGGAAAGGAGGUAGCGGGUCAGGGGAAGAGGGUGACGAGGUCGAUGUCGGCGGCGGCGGCGAUGCAGGUCGAGGGGGCCAAGGCGAAAGCGGAGAAGGGUAAAGGGGUGGAGGAGGAGAAGCGCUGGUCCGACCACGAGCCCGAGGAUGACAUUCUCCCCGAAUUCCCACUCUUUGAGGACGACACUACCGCCAAGAGCACAUCUACAUCGUCUACCCAAUAAUGAUCAAGCACACCAUCACCAGCUGGAACGUGAGGAGGUGCAUGGGGAUCCCGGAAAAGCGACGCAACAUUUACACCUAUUUAUCAACAUUCAAAGCAUCCGCCAUUCUACUACAAGAACACUUCAUCAAACCGGAACUCUGGCAAUGUAUCAAGGACGAGUACGAGGGCAAGGUCUUCAUCAGCAAACACUGUCUGACUCUGAUCCCCGCCGACUCGCCCCUGAUCGACGCCGAGAUUUUGCGCACCCACUCGGCACUCGACGGACGAAUCCUGGUCACCUCCUUUCGACUUCGAGGCGACAUCCGGAUACUCGAGAUCAACAACAUUUACGCACCAGUCGAUACAAAACAACGACUCACAUUCUUUGACAAACUACAUUUCCACAGGACGCAGAGCACCCACCUUCGACUCCUCGGCGGCGAUCUCAACGACUGCCCGCUGCCGGCGAUCGAUCGGCGGAACCAAGGUCGGCACGGCCAUCACUGGCCGAUCCUGAUCGGCAAGCUCGACUCGCCCUACACCGACUGCAUACAAUUCAAACACCCGCUCACACCAUCUUUCACUCGACCCAACAUCGUCCGCAAGCGACCAAAGUCCUUUUCACGACUUGACUACUUCCUUCUGCAGCGCACCCACCAAAAGCGACUCGUCCAAGCCUCGACGAUCUACGACUAUUCGAUCAACUCUACUACGUCAGCGAUGUAG